AUGAUACCGUCCCUCCCAAGGAGAGCCACCAGCCCUUCGAACGCCGCCGCCCCCUUCCGCUGCCUCUUACUCCUCCGCCGCCGCCGGCUCUCCACAGCCUCGUCGGAGGACUCGCCAUGGUAUCCCGUCCUCCGCCGAGCGGCCUUCGCCGGCGACCUGCGCCGCCUCCGGGAAGCCCACGCGAGGAUCGUCAUCUCCGGGAGCUCUCGGGACCGCUUCAUCGCCAACAAUCUCAUCGCCGGCUACGCCAAGUGCGGCUGCGUCGCCGGCGCGCGGCGGACCUUCGAGGCGACGGCGCCGGCUCACCGGGACGUCGUCACCUACAACUCCCUCCUCUCCGCCUACGCCCUCCACGGCCGGGCUGAAGAUGGGUUUCUCCUCUUCCGCCGUAUGCUCCUUUCCUCUCCGGCCGAGGUCGUUCCCACAGCCCUCUCCUUUACUCCCCUCCUCAAACUGUGCUCCUCCCCCGAGUUCCUCCCCUCAUCUCAGAUCCUCCACUGCUGCGCCAUCAAGCACGGCCUGCAGUGCGACCCUCUGGUCUCCAGCGCACUCAUCGGCGUCUACUGCAAGUUCGGACGUGCAGAGGACGCAAGCCGCCUGUUCGACGUAAUGGACGAGAGAGACGGCGUGCUCUACAACAUCAUGAUUAGGGCGUAUUCUCAGAAGGGCUUGGCGGAGGACGCGUUCCUCACGUUCGCAGAGCUUCAGCGGAGCGGGCUUCUCCCCAACGAGAGCAGCUUCCACCAUCUCCUCGGCGGAAGGCUGUCGGACAGAGAUUCAGACCAGGUUAGGGCUCUUGGGAUUAAGCUCAAUAUACUCGGUGGCCCCGCGGAUGCGAUCUCCUCCAACAGGGUAAUCUCCGAGCACCUCAGAGCCGGGGAGAACGACGCUGUCGUGGAUCAUUUCAUGGAGAUGAGGAGGUCCGGUGCGGGCUGUGAUCAUGUGACCUUCGUCGUUCUUCUCAGUGCUCUGGCAUGCUCGGAGAGCUUCGACCUGGGGGAGCAAGCCCACGGACUGAUUCUGAAGAUGGGAUUCCUCGCCGGCGUCUCCGUCUCCAACAGCCUGAUCCACAUGUACGGGAAGAUGGGCUCCGCUCGUAGCGCGCUGGCAUUGUUUGACGAAAUGCCCCAGAGGGACCUAAUCUCGUGGAACUCUCUCAUCUCUUGCUUCGUCCAGCACUCUCUGGUUCGAGACUCCCUCUGCAAGUUUCUUGAGAUGCAGAGAACUGGGUUGACUCCGGAUCAGUUCACGCUGUCCAGCGUCCUCCGUGCCACCUCCACGGUCUCCACCAGCCCCCCGUUCCAUCCCCAGGUCCAUGCCGCCGCCAUGAAAGCUGGUCUGGACGGGGACAUCUUCGUCCUCACUGCGCUAAUCCACGCCUACACCAAUCAGGGGAGCAUGCCCGAGGCUCAUCUUCUCCACAGCCGCCUCUCCUCCUUCGACUUGGCCUCCUUCAACGCUCUGAUGCGCGGCUACGUCGCCAACAACGAGAGCUCCAGGGCGCUGCAACUCUUCGCCGCAGCUCUCGCGGCCGGCGAGAGCUCCGAUCCGUUCACCCUCGCCACCGCCCUGAAAGCUUGCAGCAACUCGGGGGCCUUCUCGAAGGGGAGACAACUCCAUGCCCACGCCGUGAAGCUCGCCCUCGACGGCGACAUCUGCGUCGGCUCCGCGAUGGUGGACGCUUACCUGAAGAGCGGAGAUCUCUCCGGCGCGUUCUCCGUCUUCUCCGGCAUCUCCGAGCCCGACAACGUCGCCUGGACGGCAAUGAUCGCCGGCUGCGUGGAGAACGGCGACGAAGACCGCGCCCUCCGUCUGUACAGCCGCAUGAGGAGGAGCUCCAACGUCCUCCCCGACGAGUUCACCAUGGCGUCUCUGAUCAAGGCCUGCUCCUGCUUGACGGCGCUGGAGAAGGGCCGGCAGAUUCACGCUAUUAUCAUCAAGAUGGAUCACGGGUUCGACCCGUUUGUGGUGACCUCGACGAUCGACAUGUACGCCAAGUGCGGGAACGUGGAGGAGGCCUACCAGCUCUUCCAGAGGACGGAUCCCCAGGCGGCGGCGGCUUGGAACGCCAUUAUUCUGGGCUUCGCUCAGCACGGGAAUGGAGCAGAAGCUCUGGAGCUCUUCCGGAGUAUGCGGCGGCGGGGUCUGCCCCCCGACAAGAUCACCUUUGUGGGCGUGCUGUCCGCUUGCAGCCAUGCCGGUCUGGUGGCGGAAGCUCGCGAGUUCAUGGCCUCCAUGCGCAGGGAUUUCAACAUCCAGCCGGAGAUUGAGCAUUAUUCCUGCAUGGUGGACGCCCUAGGAAGGGCGGGGCUGCUCGAGGAGGCGGUGGCGGUGAUGAAGGAGAUGCCCUUCCCGGCGUCGGCUGCCAUGUGCCGGGCCCUGCUCGGGGCCUGCCGGAGCAGAGGCGCCGGCGAGAUCGGCAGAUGGGCGGCGAACAAGCUCCUCCAUUUGGACCCGCUGGAUUCGUCCGCCUACGUGUUGCUGGCGAACAUCUACGCCGCCGCCGGCCGGUGGGAUGCGGCGGCGGAAGCGAGGAAGAGGAUGAGGAGCAGGAAGGUGAGGAAGGACCCAGGGUACAGCUGGUUGGAGGUGAGGAACAGGAUGCACUUGUUCCUGGUCGACGACAGGUCUCAUCCCGACGGCGCCGCUAUCGCCGCCGAGGUUGAGGCCCUGAUGAAGAGGAUCAAGGAGGAAGGGUACUCGCCGGAGGUGGAGUCCGUUCUCCUGGACGUGGAGAGGGAGGAGAAGGAGCGGUCGCUGUACUUCCACAGCGAGAGGCUGGCCAUCGCAUACGGCCUCAUGUCCGUGCCUUCCCCGCAGAGGAUCAGAGUCAUCAAGAACCUCCGCGUCUGCAACGACUGCCACAACGCCGUCAAGCUCAUCUCCAAGGUCACCGGGCGGGAGAUCCUCCUCCGGGACGCCAACCGGUUCCACCGCUUCCUCGGCGGCCGCUGCUCCUGCGGCGACUACUGGUGA